CCCAUCAAGCCCCUGUCCUGCUGCAAGAAGGCGGUGUGCGAGGAGUGCCUCCGGCGGUACCUCAGCUCCCAGGUGGUGCUGGCUGUGACCCUCGCUGGUGUGUAGCUGCACCAUUCCACAAUGCUCCUGGGGACAUGGAUGUGUGUGCAGCUGGGCCAAGCGGAUAUAAAAUGCCCCAUCACGGAGUGCAGCGAACACCUGGAUGAAACAACUGUCCUCUAUAACCUGCCCCAUGAUGACAUCAUCAAGUAUAAAUACUUCCUGGAACUCAGCCGCAUUGACUCCAGCACCAAGCCAUGCCCUCAGUGCAAGCACUUUACAACCUUCCGGAGGAGAGGCCACAUUCCUACCCCUGCCAAAUUGGAGAACAAAUACAAAAUCCAGUGUCCAUCUUGCCAAUUUGUCUGGUGUUUCAAGUGCCACUCUCCCUGGCAUGAAGGCGUUAACUGCAAAGAAUACAAGAAGGGAGACAAGCUGUUACGUCACUGGGCCAACGAAAUCGAACACGGGCAGAGGAAUGCCCAGAAGUGUCCAAAAUGCAAGAUCCACAUCCAGAGAACCGAAGGGUGUGACCACAUGACCUGUUCACAGUGUAACACUAAUUUCUGUUACCGUUGUGGGGAGAGAUACCGCCAGCUCCGCUUCUUUGGAGACCACACGUCAAACCUCAGUAUCUUUGGAUGCAAAUACCGCUACCUCCCCGAAAGACCACAUUUAAGGAGAUUAGUGCGAGGCUCUGUCUGUGCUGGAAAACUACUCAUUACACCCCUAAUAUUGGUUCUGGGACUGGCACUGGGAGCCGUAGCUGUUGUAAUAGGUUUAUUUGUGUUUCCUAUCUAUUGCCUUUGUAAAAAGCAGAGGAAAAGGUCACGGACAGGCUACUACUACAUGAGUCUUGGAGUAUCCACUGAUGUCUUACGAGGAAAAUCUGUGAAUCCAGGGUUCAAGUUGUGGAUAAGAACCACAGAUUGCUGUUACUGUUAUAAUCUAUAUUAGAUCUCUGCUGAUGGAAAGAAUCCUACAUGAGGAAACUGUUAGGUAAUUUCUUACUUUCUUUUAAGCCUUAUAGUUGCAGCGAGUUAGCUUCAUUGCUGACAUCAGUCACAGCCCCAUUAAACCAGAGAAAACUAUUUUUAUGCCAGUGUGGAAUUUGGUCACAAAUACUUUUAUAAAAACAUCUGAAAGCAUAUUGAUAGCCAUGGAAAACCUGAUUCACUUCUUAAGAAGCGCAAACUACUGUGGAGCCACUCCUGUCAUUGCGGAACGAUGCCAAUGUGUUUAGUACGCACAGGAAAGGGAAGGAGUUGGGAAGAAUUUCCCAACAACAUUCUCAUUAGAGAAGAUUGUCAGGAGAGGGUUCACUAGCUUUUAAUAUGAUAAAGAGACCUUAAUGCUUUGAGUCACUAAUAAAAUUAGAAACAACACCCAAAGACAACGUUAAAUUUCUUCAAAUUCACUUUCUUCAAUGUAACAAAUAGUAGCACACUAAGAAAUGGAAUUGCAGCUGUUCAGUAUUUUUAGGACUUAACACACAAAUUUGAGGGUGCACAACAUCUAAAAAGUUAUGUUGCUGAUCUGUUUGGUAGUUUAUCUUGCUACUGUUACAUGAAAAACCAGCUGAGCCUUGAUUCAAUUAAAAGACAGUGUUGUCACUGUUGUUACAGCUUGAGUACGUAACACUCCAAAACAUUUUUGUAAUAAAACUAAUAAAUGCAGUUGCUUGCAGACUGAAGCUUCCUCGCUGAUUCUUCCUUACCUUCCUGUGCAUAAGAGUUCAGGAACCAUAUGUUCUCUCUACAGUAAGGAACAGACUGCACAUAUUAGGCAAUUAAUUACUGACGCUUCUCUUCUCUUGGCCUAAUAGUGAAAUACCAUAAGGCAGGGAAAUGAAAACUGAUCUUAGAGUGCAUGCUCUGGUUUCAAAGUUAAAAAUGUGUAAUAAGUUUUAAUUACUCCGUAGCAAAAAAUACAUACAUUUUGAAACAUAAUUCCAGCUGUUAAUUUAAAAAUCUGUCUGUAUAACACAAUAGUUAUAAUAGUGAUUUAUUUAUGAAAAUAUGCAUAUUGUGCAAAAUAAAACCUUUCUUGGUGCUUAUUUGGCUUAUCAAAACAUGAAAAAUUAAUCAGAAGUGUUUGGAUAGAUGAAAUUCAGAAGAGAAGCCUGUUGUGUAAAAAUAUUUGUUUUUAUCAUUAAUGUGAAUUUUGCACAUAUCUUAAACACAAUUGCCUGCCAACCCCAUUCAGUGUUCACCUUGUUGAAAAUUUGUCAGACUGAAAACAGUAUUUUGGAAAUUUUUAACUUCUUGUCAAAGAGCAUGAUGUUACUAACACAAUGCCACAUUUACCUCAUUUUUAGAAGGAACUAUAUUUACAGAAUUCAGAGAAGCUGUUCAGGUGUUUUAAACCCAUCCUGUAAAACUAUGAUGCAGUCAGAAAACAUCUUCGUACCUUAUGCAAGCUCUGGAUGAGCAGAUAGAUUCAGUCUUUAGUCAUGGACUAUUUUUUUUGCAUAAAUAUGCUCUCUUAAGAGUUUUUCAUAUCAAUUUGCAUCCUGCUGCUUUGUGUCCAGAAAUUACAAGGGAUAGAUUUACAUUUCACUGUUUACCAUCUAAUAAUAAAUUGUUUACCAUGUUUCCAUUCUUACACACUUUGUAUGCGCUCCUUCUCAUUUUAAAUUUCAUAAUUUGAAACUAACUUGUGAAAAUGGCUGAUGAUCAAAUUGGACCUGUAAAAUAUGAACUCAUAAGAAGUUGCUUCAUUAAGGCUUUGCUGAGAUAUAAGCAAAAUACUAAUUUUGUUGUAUUUACAUUACUUAAAAGCAAGAUGCUGAAAUCUGUUUUUCUUCAGGGCUUUUAAUUUUGAAUUUUUAAAAAUUUACUUAAACGGCACAGUCAUCUUUGUUACAUAACUAACCAUCUGAGUACAAAAUAACAUUUUUGGGUAUUUGUUAAUUCUUGUCACUAUGGUAGAGGUGAGAAUAGUGUUGAAAAAAAGAAAAAAAUUAUCUCUGAGGAGUACAAGCUGAAUUUAAUUCCAUGACAGUGCAAUGAGAAGUCUUCCCUUGCCCCCAUCUCUUGUUUUGUGUAUUUUAGGGUGAAGGGUUCCCUUUAAAAUAGGCUUAAUUUGAAUGGCAAGAGGUGAGGGUUGUGAGAUAAUAGAUCACACCCUUUUUAGUGUACAGGCUUCUGGCACAACUAGGGUGCUGGCCAAACACUGUGGAUUCAUUAAGAAAGCAAUUUCUAGUUCUGCAUUUGGGCAGCAUACAAGCUAGAUGCAUCAGUGAUGGGAACUUUUUGUAGUAUAUUUAUGGGAUGACUAAGAACUUGUAAAAACUGGAGGAAGGCAAUGCCCAUUAAAGCAACACUUGAAUUCCAGUAUUUAGUGUUUUGUAUAAAGAGGGAUUUAAAAUGUGUAAGUGCCUUAUUGCUUGAAACAAAUGAAAGGUGUUCAUACCCCUUAACAGAGCAGUGUGGGAAUUCCUGUUCUGUGGACUCCUACAGUUACAUUAAGCCAAAGUAGUGAGUUUUGGUUUGUGAGAAAGUUGACAAAUGUUCUAUUAGGGAAGAAGUGAGCCGAUCAUAAAAGUAAUCUGGCAUGCUUAUUUUAAUUCUGAUCAUCUCAUUUCUGUGGCUUUUUUAACUUGCUCUUUGCCCCUAUCCCUUCCCCUGACUCCCAUCUUCCUUCAGACUUCUGCAGAAAUGCAUCUUAAGUUGUUAGAGUAAGUCUGGCUCCUCCAACAUAAGAAGCCAUGAGUUUUCCACCACUGAAGGAAAUGCAGCCUGUUGGAGGAGAAUUGAGCACAGCCUGUUGUGGCUGCACCUGCCAGCUCGGGGGCUCUCUGGUGCCUUGUUCACACUGAUUGUUGGAGGUGGAAGCACCAAGGAAUAUGGCAGAUGGAGGUGCACUGCAACUAGGCUGGGGCUUAAAGCAGGUUGAGAGCAUUUCAGUGUUAUCCAGCUGGAGCUAACAUAUCCUGUUAAUACAAAUUGGUAACUCCUCUGGGGUGGAUAUCUCGGUGGACGAAACCAUCAAUCAAGAUGGUGGCGCAGCUCUGGGAUCUCUGCCCAGCCCUUCACUGCAGGGUGGGAGGUGUGAUCUGGAAAAGUAUUACUCAUUUUGCCAUCUUCUGAUAGCUUCGAAAUGGUUGUUGUGGGGUUUAUUUCUUCUUACUUCGUUUUCCAGAAGACAGUGGAAUUUUACCCUUUCAGUUCUAAACUUACUAAAGGACCUGUUUGUUCUCACUAAUAUUGAUGUGACUGUUGUCCAUCUAUUAUUGAAGUCAGGAAUAAGCUACUUUUCUAAAACUACCUUGAAUUUCAUGAGCUUAUGGGAGCAGUUACCUGUCAAAAAAAAAAAAUGAAGUAUAAAAGGUAAUUAUCAGAAGGAAAUUGAGUUAAUGGGGGGUAAGAAGAAAAAUUAUGCUUAGAAGGUCUUAUUUUUUAUAGAUUCCUGAUCACAAGAUGGUUUUAAUAAGUUCCAUUUCCCCCACUGAGAAUUUGUAAAGGAAAGCAGGAGAAAUUAAGAUGAAUAUCCCUUUGAACCUUUUAUUUUCCUGAAACUCUUGAGUUUUUCAAAACUGUAGGAGGGGCUUUUUUCCACCCUGGAGUUACUAGUUGGUAAUAUAGCUUUCAUAUACUGUGAACACUGCUGUGACUGUUUAGUCAGGAUUCAGCUUGCAUAUCUAAAGGUUUUGGUGAUAGGGAAUUUGAUUUGGAGCCAUACUGCAAUCAAUUUAUAAGUGAAUUAUUACAUAUCUUAAUAACUUCUAUUUCAGCAUUAUCUCAAGAUUUUAAAAUUUGAGCCUUCUAUAAUCCAUUAAAUAGAAGAUGCCAUGUGUCAAAAUACUCCAUCAACCUUAUGAGUUACUGUUUAUUUUUACUAGUUGUUUUCUUAAAUGAAUUUUUUUCUCUCCUAGAACCAGCAUUCACACAACCAAAAUGCUGAUAAGAUUUCCCCAUUAUCUUUGUCUUGCAUUUAGCUAAAACUAUAUUUUCUGUUGCCUAGUAUUGCAACAGUGGUCUUCAUACUGUAAUAACUUGAUAAAAUAUUCAGUAGUCUUGGGCAAUAUUUUACAAAUCAUUCAUCUUCAAGUUGGUAUUUUAAAUGUACACCAGUAAUCACUGUUGAGUGUGCUACCUAUGUGGCUGCUUUAGUUCAUGUCAAUGUUUUGUAAGGAUUAUUUCUUGCUACCCUCUUCAGAGUGCCUUUUCAUAUAGGAGGUCUAGAAAGAUGGUUCAUUGAAAUCUUCUGUUGAAUCUGCCAUAGUAAUGUCUGAUCUUUAAACUUGUCCUGAUGAAUGUAUAACUAAAAUCUUGUUCUUUAAAAAGCUAUAGUAGACACAGGUUGUAUAUGCACAUGUACAUGCAUGGAUACAAGGGAAGGUAUUCUGCCAAUGUUUGUCCUGCUGGACAGGACCUUUCGAAAGUAAGGGAAUUUUUUAACAGUUUUAUUUUCAAAAUGUUACCUCACUAGUAUUCAGUAGUAGAUAUGUCUCUGUAUUGCUUCACUUUGCUAAAUACAAUCACUGUAGGCAGUUUAAUUUUUAAAAGACUCUACGACGAAUCUGGUGUUCAUAUGAGACUGAAUUUCGUAAGACACAACUUACGGUACUUUGUUUCCUUUAAAGGCAUUCCUUUCAUUUACACUGACAUCCCAAGCCCCUGUUAGCAACAGACUGAAAAAGUGCUUCCCCAUGAUGAAAUGGAAGAAUGUAAAGUCGCAUUUGAAUGCACUCCACCCAUCUUAGAAUGAAUAUUCAGAAAUGGGGGCGGGGGGCAGUGGAUUUGGUUAAUUGUGGGGAGACAUACAUUGUAGAGUUCGUUCACUUGCACACAAGGGGUUUUACAAUGUCAUCUAGUAAUGUCUACCUAAUAAAGUUUUGAAAAAGAAAAAUUAAA